AUGUACGGCUACACACUCGGAGGUCCUGGGUUCGAGUCCCGGGUUGGGCCAAGUUUAGUCUCAGUAACAGCCCGGAGUUGGGAAGUUGGCGGUGUUUCACCCCCGUGCCUCGGAGAGCACGUAAAGCUGUCGGUCCUGCGCCUUAACUCUCACUGGUCGUGUCGAGUAGUCGUCGCACCGGAGUAUGAGAGUGACAGGAAUAGAGAGUGCACGUUGUGUCUGCGCGUACACUUGUGCACUAUAAUAUCUCCUGCGCAGUUGGCUAGUCUCAAUGAGAUUAGCCGCCGUGGCCGGAAUCGGCUAGGAGAACAUCAAAUAUUAAUGCCCAUGGCUGGAGUACAAACAUUCGUGCUCAUUACACAAAUGAAUGCCCCCAGCGAAACU